AUGCGGAAGAGAUGGGCCUGCUGGAGCGGAAGUGACGCUUCCGCCGGCGGCGGCUGCGGUAGGAGGAGGAGCCGGAGGAAGAGCGUUGCCUCUGAGGAAGGGAGAAUGGCGUUCAGCAAAGGAUUUCGGAUCUAUCACAAAUUGGAUCCCCCACCUUUCAGUCUCAUAGUGGAAACUAGACAUAAGGAGGAAUGUCUCAUGUUCGAGUCUGGGGCUGCGGCCGUCCUCUCAUCUGCAGAAAAAGAAGCAAUAAAGGGUACAUAUUCCAAAGUAAUGGAUGCAUAUGGACUCUUAGGUGUAUUAAGAUUAAAUCUUGGUGAUACUAUGUUACAUUAUCUGGUCCUAGUCACUGGAUGUAUGUCUGUUGGAAAAAUUCAAGAAUCUGAAGUUUUCCGAGUUACUUCCACUGAGUUUAUAUCACUGCGAAUUGAUUCUUCUGAUGAGGAUCGUAUUUCAGAAGUACGAAAAGUUUUGAAUUCAGGAAACUUUUAUUUUGCAUGGUCUGCCUCUGGAAUCAGUUUAGAUCUGAGUCUUAAUGCACAUCGUAGCAUGCAAGAGCACACAACUGAUAAUAGAUUUUUCUGGAAUCAGUCUUUACACUUGCAUCUCAAGCAUUAUGGUGUGAAUUGUGAUGACUGGUUAUUACGUCUCAUGUGUGGAGGAGUAGAAAUCAGAACAAUUUAUGCUGCUCAUAAACAGGCAAAGGCCUGCCUCAUUUCAAGACUAAGCUGUGAACGAGCUGGGACCAGGUUUAAUGUCCGUGGAACAAAUGAUGAUGGUCAUGUUGCUAAUUUUGUAGAAACAGAACAGGUUGUGUACUUGGAUGACUCUGUUUCUUCCUUCUUACAAAUCCGAGGAUCUGUUCCAUUGUUCUGGGAACAACCAGGCUUACAAGUGGGAUCCCAUCGUGUCCGUAUGUCAAGGGGAUUUGAAGCCAAUGCUCCUGCUUUUGACAGGCAUUUUAGAACACUUAAGAAUUUGUAUGGCAAACAAAUAAUAGUAAAUUUGCUUGGGUCUAAGGAAGGUGAACACAUGCUAAGUAAGGCUUUCCAGAGUCAUUUGAAAGCUUCUGAACAUGCCACCGAUAUCCAGAUGGUGAAUUUUGACUAUCAUCAAAUGGUUAAAGGAGGAAAGGCAGAGAAAUUACAUAGUAUUCUUAAACCUCAAGUCCAAAAAUUUGUAGAUUAUGGAUUUUUUUAUUUCAAUGGAAGUGAAGUUCAGAGAUGCCAGAGUGGUACAGUUCGAACAAAUUGCUUGGAUUGUCUUGAUAGAACAAACAGUGUGCAGGCAUUCCUAGGCUUAGAGAUGCUAGCUAAGCAGUUGGAAGCUCUUGGCUUAGCUGAAAAGCCUCAGUUGGUGACCCGCUUUCAAGAAGUCUUUCGGUCAAUGUGGUCUGUGAAUGGUGACUCGAUCAGUAAGAUAUAUGCAGGAACUGGAGCACUUGAAGGGAAGGCCAAGUUAAAAGAUGGUGCUCGUUCUGUUACCAGAACCAUUCAGAACAACUUCUUCGACAGUUCCAAGCAAGAGGCCAUUGAUAUUUUGCUGCUGGGAAAUACUCUAAAUAGUGAUUUAGCUGACAAAGCUCGAGCACUCUUAACUACUGGAAGUUUGCGUGUUUCUGAACAGACAUUACAGUCAGCAUCAUCUAAAGUACUAAAGAACAUGUGUGAGAAUUUCUACAAGUAUUCAAAGCCCAAAAAAAUUCGAGUAUGUGUUGGGACCUGGAAUGUGAACGGUGGGAAGCAGUUUCGCAGUAUAGCUUUUAAGAAUCAGACACUCACUGACUGGCUUCUGGAUGCACCCAAGUUAGCUGGCAUCCAGGAAUUUCAAGAUAAAAGAAGUAAGCCAACUGAUAUAUUUGCAAUUGGUUUUGAAGAAAUGGUAGAGUUGAAUGCUGGAAACAUUGUGAAUGCAAGCACAACUAAUCAGAAGCUCUGGGCGGUGGAACUUCAGAAGACAAUCUCCAGAGACAACAAGUAUGUGCUGCUGGCUUCUGAGCAAUUGGUGGGCGUCUGCCUCUUUGUUUUUAUCAGACCACAGCAUGCGCCUUUUAUCAGGGAUGUUGCAGUGGAUACUGUGAAGACUGGGAUGGGAGGUGCCACUGGGAAUAAGGGAGCAGUUGCCAUCCGGAUGCUAUUCCACACAACAAGCCUCUGCUUCGUCUGUAGCCAUUUUGCUGCUGGGCAAUCACAAGUCAAAGAAAGAAAUGAAGAUUUUGUAGAAAUAGCACGAAAAUUGAGUUUUCCCAUGGGAAGGAUGCUGUUUUCCCAUGAUUAUGUUUUCUGGUGUGGUGAUUUCAACUAUCGAAUUGAUCUCCCUAAUGAAGAAGUUAAAGAGCUGAUAAGACAGCAAAAUUGGGAUUCUCUUAUAGCAGGAGAUCAGCUAAUCAAUCAGAAAAAUACUGGACAGAUUUUUAGAGGAUUUUUAGAGGGAAAAGUAACUUUUGCUCCUACAUAUAAGUAUGACUUGUUUUCUGAUGACUAUGAUACCAGUGAAAAGUGCCGCACCCCAGCGUGGACAGACCGUGUCCUCUGGAGAAGAAGAAAGUGGCCUUUUGAUAGAUCAGCUGAGGAUUUAGAUCUUCUAAAUGCUAGUUUUCAAGAUGAAAGCAAAAUCCUCUACACCUGGACUCCUGGCACUUUGCUGCACUAUGGAAGGGCUGAGCUGAAGACUUCUGAUCAUAGGCCUGUCAUUGCUCUGAUAGAUAUUGAUAUUUUUGAAGUGGAAGCUGAAGAAAGACAAAGCAUUUAUAAAGAAGUGAUUGCAGUUCAGGGUCCACCCGAUGGCACUGUCUUGGUCUCAAUCAAAAGUUCUUUAUCAGAUAAUAAUUAUUUUGAUGAUGCUUUGAUUGACGAACUUCUCCAGCAGUUUGCAAAUUUUGGUGAAGUUAUACUCAUAAGAUUUGUAGAAGAUAAAAUGUGGGUUACAUUUUUGGAGGGAAGUUCUGCCUUGAGUGCUCUGAACCUAAAUGGUAAAGAGUUGUUGAAUCGGACUAUAACUAUCACUUUGAAAAGUCCUGAAUGGAUCAAAACUUUGGAAGAAGAAAUGAGUUUGGAGAAAAUCAGUGUGACAUUACCAUCAUCAGCCAGCUCUACACUGCUUGGUGAAGAUGCCGAGGUCACAGCAGACUUUGACAUGGAAGGUGAUGUUGAUGACUACAAUGCUGAAGUAGAGGAAAUUCUUCCUCAGCAUCUCCAGCCAUCUUCAAGCUCUGGCCUUGGCACUUCACCGAGCUCUUCACCCCAUACCAGUCCCUGCCAGUCACCUACCAUUCCAGAAGGUCCUGUACCAUCCCUUCCCAUAAGACCAAGUCGAGCACCAUCAAGAACUCCGGGGCCUCCAAGUUCACAAAGUUCUCCUGUGGACACUCAGCCAGCAACACAGUUGCAACAAAAAGAUACUUCUCAAAUCUUAGAGCCUAAACGGCCGCCUCCUCCCCGCCCAGUUGCUCCUCCCGCACGCCCAGCUCCUCCACAAAGACCACCUCCACCAUCAGGGGCUAGGAGUCCUGCACCUGCUAGAAAAGAAUUUGGAGGUGUUGGAGCCCCUCCCAGUCCUGGGGUAGCUAGGAGAGAGAUGGAAGCACCCAAAAGCCCUGGAAUGACACGGAAAGAUAACAUAGGACGCAGUCAGCCCUCACCUCCGGCCAGCCUCUCAGGCUCAGCCUCUGCCGGAUACAGUGCAGCUAGACCGACUAUUCCACCCCGUGCUGGAGUUAUUAGUGCCCCACAGAGCCAUGCUCGGGUGUCUGCUGGAAGAUUGACUCCCGAAAGCCAAAGCAAACCAUCUGAAGCACUAAAAGGUUCUGCGUAUCUUCCUGAACCCUUGAAGCCUCAGGCUGCCCUUCCCAUGCAGCCUUCUCUGCCCCCACCUGUUCAGAAGAUGCAGGAGCCUCUUGUCCCAGUGACAGCAUCGUUGCCUCAGUCUGCUCCCCAGCCAGUUUUGGAAAGUCCACCCCAGCCACCACCUCGAAGCAGAUCAUCCCAUAACUUGCCUUCAGAGGCAUCUUCACAACAGCAACAGGAGCAACCUUCAGGGUAACAGGUGAAAACAAAUGGAGUCUCUGUUGCCAAACUAGCACCAUCAUUGAGAAGUGACCCAUUUGAAGAUCUGUCAUUUAAUCUGCUUGCUGUAUCAAAGGCUCAGUUAUCUGUUCAACCAUCACCUGCUCUGUGCCCAAACCCAAAAGGGUUGAUUCCAUUGCCUUCUGCAACAAAAAGUAAUGUUGAUCCUCUGAGUUCUGUAAGUUGCAUGCCGACAAUGCCUCCAAUUCCAGCCCGGAGUAAAUCCCAGGAAAGUAUGAGAAGUUCUCCAAAUCCAUUGAUCACUAGCUUGACCAGCACAAAUCCUUUCACUGACAGGACUGCUGUUCCUGGAAACCCAUUUAGAGCUGAGUCUCAAGAGUCAGCUGGCGCUUCAUGGUUCUCCAAAGAAGGGCCUGUUGCUCAUAACCCUUCCCCUUCUCUGCAGCCACUUGGUCCUAACAAAAGCAAGCCUUCAUCUUUACUUGAUGGCUUCAAGGACAGUUUUGAUCUGCAGAGCCAACCCUUGGAUAAAAUUAGCAAUCCGAGAGGAUGGGUAACCUUCGAGGAGGAAGAGGACUUUGGUGUGAAAGAGAAGUCAGCUUCUUCUCCAGGCUCUCUGCAGAAGCAGCCAGGUUCGUUUUCUGGCUCAAACUUGACAAUUGAUGAUGACUUGAAUAAAGGUACAAAUGUUUCUUUCUGUGUGUUGCCGUCAAGAAGACCACCCCCACCUCCUGGCCCUCCAGCCGGCCCGGCCCUGCCAGGAGAUCCUUUCAGAACCACAGCAUCCAAGGUAUCCCCAACCCUAGAGUAUACAGAAAGAUAAUGUGAUGAUACAGUAGAAAAGUAGUAAAGCCAGAAGAAAUGGGCAUUCAUUAUUCAUUAUGUGCAAUAAGGAAUUGCUGAAAGCACUGAUAACCUUCAAAAAAUUACCACUAUUUAAUGUGUAUAGAGCUGGAAUAUAUGUAUAUUGGAAAUAGGGAAAAAUCCUUCUUGUUAUGAACUGAAGUUUUGGUGUGUUUUUGUUCAGAUGGAUAGAAGAGAGUAGUAACCAUAAAAAGUGCUUAAAACUACUUUUAAAAAAGGGUCCUUAUUCAGAAAUCUCUGUGAGUCGUCUCUAAAGAAUUUUAGAACGUCCAAGCAACUUUUAGUUAACAUUACUGCCAGCCAUUUCAUACUUAUUAAUAAUUGGUACUUAUUAAUAUUUACCAAAGAUCUGCCAAAGUUAUAUUGAAACAGUUUUGGUAGGCACUGCUUUAAAAGUGUACUCAUAUAUAUAGAGAUAUAUAGAUAUAAAUAUAUACACACACACUUGCAGCUUUAUAAAACUUUUAAUUAAAUUUGAGGACAUAAUUUGAAUAAAAUUUUUACCUAAAAGUUCUAACAAAGUCUUUUUUUGAAUACCUCAUUACCAGAAAGACAACUGAAAGUGUAAUUUGGACAUUUUAUAAAUUUCCUUUCCCAAACGAGAGAGCCCAAUUUAUGUACUAUUCUAUACCCUACCCCUUCAAAUACGUACUCCACUGUUACUUUCCUCCCUAGUGCCACCAUACACUUUUCUGUCCAGGAGCAGGGCAUUCUUGGAGCUGGGAACCACAUCUUUUGUGUCGCUGUCAUGUGGGUGACUAUUCUAGCCCUCUCAAAUAAGCACUGUGGCCUUAUAUUAGGGAAGGUGCAUUACCACUCAGUUUAAUUGGAAAUAACAGAUCUAAACGUACUCUCUUCUCUGUACAUCAGGUAUCUGUUGUCCAUUUUACUCCCACACUCUAGUAUUUGCUGCUUUUACUUUGGCAUUUUGCUUUUUGCAGGAGAAGCAGCAGUUCUCGUUGUGUUUUGAAUUGGGCACAUGCUCAGAUAACGUUCUCACUCCCCGUAAGAAGUUACAUUAGUACGUCUACAAUGCUGCUUUAAGUCUUUGGUGGCGAUGCCUCAAAUUAGCUGUGGAUUUUGUCUCUUGCACUGCCAAUAUGCAACUAAUCCUACUUUUAUUAAUUUUAUGAAGAAGUACACAGAAUUUUUACAGAGCAUAGUAUUUUGAUAUCAAUAUGUAAACUCAAUCAGAAAACUCCUUGAUCAAUCAUUUUGUUUUCAGUUUAAGUUAAAUCAUCUUUACCCAUUAAAACUCACACUUACAUUCAUACAAAGGGUUGUAUGUGUCCACCUAAAUUCCUGUGUCUGCAUUUACCUUUAAAAAUGUGUAUUGGAGGAGUAUCAGAAAAGAAGAGUUUAUGGGUAAGAAUAUGUAAAAGCACAGCAAACUGCAUUGCACUUAAACUGUAAGCAAAAUCUGUUAGGAAAAAAAGGGCACUUUUCUAAAUGCUCAAAUGUUAUCAAACUACUAUAUUUAUAGAAAAUCCUCUUUCUGUUCAACAGUCAGGAAGUAACUCUUGUGAGUUUUAUAUUGUGUUUUGUUGUUUGGGUUGGGGGGGAUGUCUUAUCAUUUCAGCAGUAGUAUAUUUUAAACAGCAGUAUUAUUAUAAGCAUUGUGCUUCCAAUGUGAAUUAACUUGUUCAAACUGUGGCUUUAACAUCUACGUGAUUGAUGUAUAUGGUAUUUGCUCUCCAUUAACAAGGUAAUUCAUUAUUAGGUAAACUUCACUAGUGCAGAUUGCAGUUCUGUGAGCAGUGUUCCCUACUGAAUAUAAACUACUGUCUAAAAUAUACAUAUCAUGCAGCAGCUCAGCCUUUAUCAGGAAAAUUACAGUUGGCAAGUUGCUGAAAAUGCACAAAGUUAUGAAAGUCGAAAGGUAUGCUGCAAAUAACUAGCCAUUUUUCUGUGUAUUAUUAAAAUAUUUACCAGUUCUGUUAAAAGCAGAACAGAAAUUAGACACUGAGAAUCUCUUUGUGACUUCUUUGUUCUCUACAGUAGUUUGCUGUUUAUACGUAAGAAUUUUAUUGCUUAUGUGGCAUACAAUAUUUAUAACUAUAUACUUUAUAGAAGUAAAGUAUUAAAGUCAGUGAUAUACAUUCUGUAUAUAUCCUGUGAAAUGUACUGUCAUAUGAAAUAAAUAUAACUGUCUUUAUCAUG